UUCAAUGUCAAGUACCCGGCUGUACAUCCACCUACCGUCGUAAAGAACAUCUCCGACGCCACGAAGCGCAACAUCGUGGAAGUCAUCUUCGAACAUGUUCUAUUUGUGACCGCACCUGCUUCAUUUAAUAAUGAACAAUUAUACAGUGACAGUCUUCGGCGUCAUACUCGUCGUGAUCAUGAAGACCCCGGACGCUCUCUCGCUCGUGCCACACAGGCCUGCAUAAGAUGUCGUACGACAAAAGCACGGUGCCAGGGAGGCUCACCAUGUACAGAGUGUUCCUCAAAGGGGCAUUUGUGUCUUUUUAAUGAUCCAGUCCACCUCGAGCCUGCUCAACCAGAUCCAGAAGAAGAACUUUGGGAGUACGGUAGUGGAGAUGAUCGGAUCAAUACUCCCAUCGGGGAUAUCGCACAAGUGGACCAUUACAUACAUCUUUACUUCACGCAUUUUCAUCAACAUUGGCCAAUCCUGCAUCGACAUACCUUCAGUGUUGCUGACGAGCCCCAAUUGCUGCUUCAGGCAGUGAUAAUGAUCGGUCUCUGGGUUAGUGGGAGCCCGGCGGCGCAAGAAGGUGCUCGGAACUUACACUCCAAACUAAAACUAGCGAUCUUGGCACAGAAGGACAAUUGGGCACGAUCGCACGUGGAAGGAGAGCAAGACAACGAAGGGUUAGACAGCCCGAGCUCACGAUGGCCGAUUGCAACCUAUCAAGGCAUUCUUCUCUGUAUCAUAUUCUCAUUACUGUCGACCCCGAUUGGUCUCGAACUUAACCUCGGCCUGGUCCAAAGUGUCUCCGAUCGUCAACUCCUUUCCACUCUGGUCGCCACCUGUCUGCAAAACAAUAUCUUCUACUACCCUAAUAUGCUUACGAGAUACCGAAAUGUGGAAUCCCUUACUUGUAUGUGGGUGGGGGUUGAAGAAAUCAAAAGGUUUGGAUUGGCCUUGUACAAAGUCUCUCGGCUUUGUGGAAGGGGGAGUUUAGGGGAGUCUGAUGAGACUGAUAGUCGAGUUUUGCGCCUCUCCGAUCUACAGUUCCCUAUGCCAGACGAGAAGAGUCUCUGGGGUGCUAGUUCGAAUCCGGAAUUGGCUCGACGUCUGUUGAUAUACUCUCGAAGAGAUAGAUCAGAUGAUCCCAGCGUUACCGAUUGGGUUUCUCAAAGUGGAAAGUUAUUAGAAACUGACGAGAAUUGGUGGAAUUGA